GAGAUUAGUUUCGUUAUCACGGUUGGGUUCCUCGUCAUCGAGGCUCGAGAUGCCUGAAGGCGUUAUUUCGCGACCCCUGUAAAAUACAAAUAGAGAUCCCUCUCCGCGUAUGUGUUUAUAUGCGCGAGUAUACAAGUGUCUCUCUUUCGCAGAAUCCCGGUGACGAUUCGCACAAUUUUCAGCAACAUCAUGUCCACGGGAUUAGAAGAGGUCGAAUUGGAAAAUGUUUUGCAGCAGAUAUUCAUGAAUUGCGCCUCAAUGUCGACCUUGAUGCCGGAUUUGACGGUUCUGAUAGACGAUGCGGUGCCGAUUUCCAGAAUCGUCGAGUACAUUCAGGAUCAAUUGCCGAACUGGUCAAUCGACAAUCUGGAGGAAUUAUGGAAAUGUUUAGUCGCCAUUUCGACGAAGGAUUGCGUGAAUUUACAACAAUUCAAAGAGGCGACAAAAUGCUGGAUCACCAAGAUUCAACAGAUUCAGUCUGCGGAGCACAGCGAUAAUAAUGUCCAGGAGAAACUCUCCCUCGUGAACGACGCAGACUCUUCAAUGAAAACCAUGGAUCUGACUAAUGAUAUCGUGAAAUUAGAGUUUCGAAAUAUGAAAUUUCGAAAACUCUGCGAGGAAAACAAUGUCCUUCGCGACGAGCUCGAGCGACAUGAAAGAUCAAUCAACAAUCUCAAACAACAACACAGUAUUACUGAGAAACAGUUAAAACAUUAUGUUCACAAAUGUCAGCAAUUCGAAAAGGAAAACGAUGAGCAAAGAGAUCAAUUAAACGAGUUGAUUAAGAAUGAAAAGACUAUGACCUUGGCUCUUCAAAGAUAUACGAAAGAGCAUCAGAACUUGUUGAAGCAAUUGGAAGCCGCGGAAAUUGAGAUACAAGCUAUACCACCUUUAAAAGAAAAACUAGAGAAAAUCACUAAAGAAAAAAUAGAGUGUUUGAAACUGAUCACCAAAAUACAAGAGGAAUUUGACGAAAAGGAAAACAAUUAUUGUCAAUUAAAAACUACAAUAACCGAACUCGAGGACACGAAUAUUAGCAUGAAAGAGGACUACGAAUAUAUGAUUCAUAAUCUGCGUGAAAAGAAUCGUAAACUCAUGGACGAAAAUGUGGAGCUCCAAUCGUUAUCAGUCCUUAACGCAUGUUCUACCGAAGAAAGACUCUCGUUAUCACCAGUUUUGGACGAUGAAUGCUAUCUACAUAGCACACCCUAUAAGUCGAUAAAAGUAUCAAUGGAAGAUUCAUUGUACACGGAAUUGAAAGUUUCAGGCUUUACAGCUGACUACAGCAGAAAUAACAUACAAGAACUUGAGGAAGAAUUAAACGAAUAUGACGCCAAGAUUGUUACGAUAUUGGAACAGCUAGAAAAAGUUAUACAAUUUUUUGUUACGAUACGGGGCUCUGUCGAUGACUUAUCUUGCUUUAAUCCAGACACAGACACAAAAGCUCAUAAUAUCGAUAUAUUGAGGCACAAAGUAUCUUUUCUAUUAAAUAUGAUGACAGAAGAGAUCACGAAAAGAAACAUGAGACAGGAUUCGAGCACACAGCUCCAAGUCGAGCCGACAAACGCAACCAGUUUGGAGCAAUUUGGCGUCAGGAGUUUCCGGGAUCUGUUGUCGACGCACGCAACCCAGCCGAAAGUGAAAGUGGGUCUGUGGUCGAUAACGCAUGUGAAUAACGAAGACGAUGACUUGUUCUCGAGAGUUAUAAAGACAUGCCCGUCCCCAAGUGUCCAAAAUCGAUUCCGCAUCAUUGAACCUAUCAUCAAAGAGUUACAUAACAUCAUCGAGAGCACUCUUAGCGCUCUUAGCGAUUGUAAAGAUCGCCCGCUAACCGAGAAUUUAAGGAACCAAUCGAUACACACGUUGCCGUCGGACUUACAAUUAUCCUCGCUAGCCGUGGAAGACUCUAGGCAAACAUUUGGUUAUCAAAAUCCUGAAACGAAUACUAUCGAUGCUUCGUUCGCGCGAGGAGAUGGUCUAAUGCAGGAAGACCACGACGAGAAAUCUGUGCUAAUUACUGCAGAAGCACGCGACGUUUUCAAGGAACAUUCGACCCAUUCCGAGGAGAAUCGAUCGAGUGAAAUGUCAAAGGGAUCAAGUAUUCUCAAAGUGGAUUCGAAGGCAUUGGCCACGUCGGAGGAGAUAAAGUGGGAUUGUACAAGUGAACAAGUACUUGAAGUGAAUAACGCAAGCAAUCCAGCGAAUCCCCGCAGAAAACUUUCUGUCUACUGCCGCCCGUUCGACGUCGUUGCGGUGCAGGAUCCGCUCGAGGAUCAUCAGGGAUCUAAUUUGGAAGUGAAGCAAUCAUCGAGCACUCCACACAAUUCUUCCUCGCAAAUCAAUAAGAUCACCGAUUGGGAGCGAAAUAUUGUGAUGAACUAUGCGUUUAAUCAUGGUUACCGCAACAGAGAGAGCGACAGCGAUUCCACAAACUCCACGCCGGAAAAGCAAUUACAACAUAGCCUAGACGAUGAAACACCGGUUGAGCAGACGAUACUUAGAAAGAUCUGUUUGGCGCCUACACGCUUGAAAUUUCCACUGGAAGCAAAAAACGAGUUACAAAGAAUUGUCGAGGCUUCCAACUGUGCUUCUCCCAUUUCAAUGAAUUCCACUGAAUUGGAUUUUUUUCCUAUCAUCGGGAACAAGAAAGAUAACGAUGUUUCCAUUCAUUCAUCUUCGACAUUUAUAGACAAGUGCAAGAUGAAGAAUGUGGCAUUCGAAUCUACACCAUAUUUAAACAAGACUGUUUCGCAAGCACACUUAGUAUCUAAUCGCUGUCUAUCUUCGCGUGAUCAAACUGAUUUAGCGAAGAUCAUGGAUUCAAAGGAUCCCCACUCCUUGACGUGCGUGCAAAGAGUCGAUGGCGAGAGUCAGUCGCGAAUCGAACGGUCAGUCGAUAGCCAAAUGUCGAAUCGCGAGGACAGUUUAGCCGUUUCAGGCAACGGCGAGUGCAAAUCGACGACGGGGUCCAGUGAUCGAUGCAGCAUCGCUGAAGAAGUCGUGAAUGAGAUCGACGAAAUCGUCAAUGUCGCGCCGUCCGCAUCGUUGACUGAUUCGAAUUCAAUAAAAGUAGUGCCAUGCAAGAACUCAGUGCAAAGCGAUGAAAAAGCGCGCGAAAGAAACUUGUUGGAGAUGAAACCAGAAAUACCACAGUUGACUUUAAAUAUGAAAAGAUCAUAUUCGGAGGGCGAGAAUCUCGGCCGAUUGGAGUGCUGUUGCAAAAAAAAUGCAUCUUCGAUUCCGGAAAGUAAUCAACGAGUGAAAGUCUUCCCAAGUCUCGUGGAUAUUCGUCUGCAGGAAUCUGGGCCAGUCUGCAUAAAUUUAGCCAAUUUAUCAGACAUUGAAUUAGCGAUCAGGGAGAAUUCAAAUGAGUUUGAACUGCAGAAGAAGUACAUAGCGUUCUCGUUAUGCCUCUGCACAGAAAGGUUGACUUUACCGCGAAGGAUAGCGAUGUCACUUCGACAACGCGAUCAAUCUGAGAAAAACCUUUCCUACGAAGUGCGGAAGAUGCAGCAGGACAUUCAGGAACUCGCGCCACUAUGCACGGAUAGAGAAUCCGUGGAGCGGGUGGAACGGGUCAGGCAUCAAUUGGACAUGAUCGUGCGAUGUGCGCACAGGGUGUCUUGUGCAGCCGAGACUCUAGGCGCCGUGCAGCAGGAGCGUAGGGUAUCUCGGGCUGUUUUGCUGGCCGACAAAUACCUCCAAGUGCUGCAUUCCCGGUGCGAGAAACUGAUCACCAAUGUCGCCGAGACCAAACAGAUCUUGGUAGACAACAACAUAAUGAUAGAGGAGAACGCCAGCGAGCUCAACGAUGAAUUGCCUCGCAUCAGAUACAGGAGCGGUACACCCGCCAAUAAUCGUAUGAUGAUGGCUAGGAGAAGAGCCAGCGUAGCCACAAUGUCUCGGCCGAUGGGCAACGCACAGGAUAUGACAAAGGACACUAUGAGGCAGCGAAAUUCUGUUUCCGGACGCGUGAUUCUCAGGAGACCAUCGUUUAGCUCCGAAUCCCCAAAAUGGGAAAUCGAAAAAUUACAUCGUGCCGAAAGUUCCAAUAGCAUCAGUGAAUUACGAGGUAUUUUCGAGCAGGCUGAAUCUCGUCGUAGCUCGAGAGAGGAAAAUAACAACAUGCUACGAUUGAAUCAUUCUAAUGGCCAAAGUACAGUAAAUUGUGCGAUAAUUGAUAAUGAGGUUUGGACGGACGUAAAGGAGGAAAUCUCUUCCGAAGUUUCUGACAACGAAAGUAUGAAUUCUGAGAGUAGAUCGAGUGCAAAAUCGUCACAAUCUUUCCUAUUAAGACGAGAAAGAAGAGUAUUAUCAAUAUGGCAUAUAGUGCUGUUGAGUAUUAUAAUUUUCUUCUUCGUAUUUUAUAUAAUUCAUGCAAUGUCAUUAAACGUUUGCCAAGAACCGUUAAACAAACGGUUGAUCGGAUACGUUUUCGACAAAUGCGGUCAGAUAAGGAACGCGGCGCCUCAUCCAAUGUGACUUUCUUGCGUUCUGAUUAGCUGUAUCAGUAAAAUAAGUAGUAAGACUAAGUGUAGAUUGUAACAUAUGUCAAUUAUGGAAAGGCUGAAUAAAUUAAUAAUUGCAGAAUUCGUUUCGCCUUCUAGUGAAGUCACGCUUUAGCCGCGAGUGCUGUGAUUUAAGAUUUUCGAUUCCUCAUUGCAACUGUGUUUGUAUCAUGGCUUCAGAAACGACAAAUCGAUAAAUACUUCUACACUUUAUGCGAAAUAAAUCGAUUUUUUUCGGCUAUUACUUGUGUUUGACAAAAGAUAAAAUCCGCAAUAUUGUAAAUGUAUUAAUAAAUAACUGUAAAUAUCUACUCAAAAUUUUUAUUUGCGCUGAAACCGG